AUGGCACACAAUGAGUUGGAACGCAUCACUUCAGACUCAUCUCUAUUGCGUCUCAAUGAAGACAUUCUAACAGAGAUUGUCUCUUACCUCCACACUCGCGACGCUCUCCACCUCUCCACCACCGCUCGAGGACUUCAUCAGGUUGCCAAACGGCAAGCACUAUCAGAAAUCUGGUUGUUCAGACCGGAAGAAACAAUCAGAAUAUGCACCUACAUGCUUGCAGAUAUCCAAGGCCGAAUUAUGUGUGUUCGCAAGCUAAGUGUGCGUAGUCAUGGAAUCGGAGAGUAUCACGACCAAGCUUCUACCCAUUGGCAACUCUUGGCGGAUUUUCUUGAACACGCUCAUAAUCUCCGAAGCUUAUGCAUUUUCCCUAUUGGAUUCCUGCUUCAAGCUGUGCCGCGCAUGGGGGACGCACUCGCCAAGCUUCAAUAUUUGCAGGAUAUAGAUCUAGGUGGCGUCGAUGCCGCCUCGCUGAAGAUUCUGCCAUGCAUGCGUAGUAAUAUAAGGAAGAUCAAGAUACAUGCGCACUUUAAUGCCUUCAGCUUUGAACACCUCAUUUUGAACAUCUCUUCGAUGCAAAGUAUCCAAGAGCUGGACUCCGAGUUAUCCAUUAACCGCUGGACACAACCUCCCAUACCCCCCGCUUUUACCGAUUGCCAGCUGCCGAAAUUGCGCCGUUUGGCUGUUCCAUCUAAUACUACGACUAUGUCGACCUGUGUGCGCGCGUUCCCAGAGCUACGCGUGUUACAUCUGGGCGGACAAGAAAUCUCCCCCGAGGUCAACGUGGUCUCAGCUCUCACCGCUUGCUGGCCUAGUCUAGAUGUCGUCCAAGCGCAUGUCACUGCUUUCAGGCGAUGGCCAAUUACGUGUCCGGUCCACACCUUGUUCAUCAGCGGAGUCCUUGCAAUGCCAAGCAUCCAAGUUCAGUGGGAUUCUACAGAGGAUGGUGCCUUAUUCCUCCCCAUCGUGCUGAACGCAGUCACACAUACGUCUCCAAUUGUGCUUAAAUUGAGCAUAAUGCCUUAUAUCGACCUCGCUCCAACCUUUUGGACGGAUUUAGCUGAAAUAGGGACGCAGAUACGCUGCCUUAUCAUACAGCUGUGUGAAUUCCAGGACGCGCUGCAGUUCCAAGCCGACCUGGUUGAAUGGAUGAAUACUGUGCCCCCUAUCCUGGCCUCCAUGAGGUCGCUCACGCACAUACAGAUAUGCAUAAGAGGUGACAUGUCACGACACUUCUCGUGCGUUGUCCAAGCUUACGACCCCGACAAUCCUCCCCCACCCCCACCUAUUGCUAUCGUACCCACUUACGAAAUCGCACAAGAGUUCUCGAAGAUCCUCAUCAAAAAUCUUCCUUCAGUGCGUCUUGUAUCGGUCGGAUUCGGAUUUGGAUUUUUGCCUGACGGAUCGGAACAAAUGCUCGGAGGAGGAUCGUUCUGGUGGUGGAAGACCGUGAUCACUCCGAAUGGACGGAACGUGCAGCGGAUUGAAGAUCAGGCCGGGAUAAAUUUGCAGUCGCGCCUCUGUUCCGUUGAGUUUGAUUCUCGGUUGGACUUUGACAGAGAGUAG